GAAGCCCGUCAGAGCCAAGUCAAAAUGGCAGCCAAAAGGAUUACUCAGGAGACUUUCGAUGAAGUGGUUCAGGAGAAUAUGAUGGAGUUUGGCAUGGAUCCCGAAGAGGCUGUAACUGAAGCCGUCCAGCAAUUUGAAUCUCAAGGGGUAGAUUUUUGCAGCAUAGUAAAGGUGGCACCAAACCCCACCACUGAGAAUGGUCCAGAACAGAAACAUGCUAUUUUACAGACUCUGGACUGCCUCCAGAAAGCUGUUAUUGAUGCUGACUCGGGAAAGGUGGAUCAGCUGCUGGUCAGUUUCGCCAAACAGUGCCGACAGGAGCUGGCGUUCCGUUACCUGGCAGGGCAGAAAGGCGCCUACCCUGCAGUGCUGGCUGCCUGCCGCUUGGCCUCUGAGGACCGCUGCUCCCUGCUUAAGGCCCUCCAUGCCCUCUCAGUGCUCCUAGAUGGCCAGCCAGACCUCUUCGAUGCCUCUGGGCAAGAGCUGGUGCUGCGGGUACUCCAGGAGAGCCACAACGAUCCUGACCUGACCCUGGCCGGGGUCCGUUGCAUUCGGCAUGCCUGCCUCAAGCACGAACAAAACCGGCAGGACCUGGUGAAAGGUGGCAUCCUCUCACUUCUGACCGGAGCAAUUGUCCGUCAUGGCGACCGGGCCGACGUGGUCCGCGAGGCCUGCUUGGGCCUCCGCAUCAUGACCUUUGACGAUGACAUCCGAGUGCCCUUUGGCCAUGCCCACGACCAUGCCAAGAUGAUUGUGGUGGAGCACAACGGCUUGAGGAUCCUGAUAGAAGCUGCCAAAGCCUUCACUGAUGACUGCAGCGUUCUGAGUGAGGUCUGUGCCACUCUGGCUCGCCUGUCUGUCCGGAAUGAGUUUUGCCAGGAUAUUGUGGACCUUGGAGGCCUAAACUUCAUUGUAGCGCUCUUGGCUGACUGCAUCGAUCACCAGGACCUGGUGAAGCAGGUGCUGAGUGCCAUCCGGGCCAUUGCGGGCAACGAUGAUGUGAAAGACGCCAUUGUCAAUGCUGGUGGGACUGACCUCAUUGUGCUGGCCAUGAGCCGUCAUCUUGGAAGCCCUCAGGUGUGUGAGCAGAGUUGUGCAGCGUUGUGCAUGCUGGCCUUGCGUAAGCCAGAAAACUGUCGGGUCAUCAUGGAUGGUGGGGCCUUGGCAGCACUCCAGGCCAUGAAGACUCACCCCAGGGAGGUCGGUGUGCAGAAACAGGCUUGCAUGCUGAUCCGUAACCUUGUGGCCCACACCCAGGAUUUUUCCCAACUCAUCUUGGAGAUGGGAGCUGAGAACUUGAUCACGGAGGCCCGGGCGGCUCACCGGGACUGUGAUGAUGUGGCCAAAGCUGCCUUGAGGGACCUUGGCUGCAAGGUGGAACUUCGGGAACUCUGGACGGGCCAGAAGGGAGACCUGGCACGUUGAAGGACAUCAGAACGGUCAAGUUGGCAGUGCCUGUAGACUUCCAGGGUGGGUGGGUGGUUGUGGAAAGCAUGGAUCAGAAUAUAUCCAGACCAAACAGUCAAAAAGUAGGAAAGAGUGUGUUCUGAAUGGCCUCCCACCUCCUGGAAAGACAUAUGACUGACUUGUUAUGCAGGCACGGUUGCUUUGCUGUAUAGCCAAAGUCCAAGCUCUCUCCUUCACCAUAAUUUAUAGUCUCUUGCACUUUGCUUACAGGCUAAAGCAGUGGUUCCCAAAUUCCAGUUUUUAGGUGUCUCGGACUACAGCUCCCUGAACAUCAGCCAAGGUUGUCGAGGCUUCUGGAGCUGAAGUCAAAAAUACCUGGAGGAGGGCUAGAGUUUGAGAACCACAGCGCUCAAGUCGUCCUUGUUUGUGCUGUGAGUCCUUGUAGGUUCUUUGAACAGGCCCCGGUUGCCAAACAGGAUAUGGUAGGAGUACCGUUUUUGUUGCCCUGGUAGACCCAUGUGUGUCAUACAUUGUAAAAGCUGUAUACGACUUUAUUUCAGUUACUCUGCAAAAAAAAUGUGUGUUGGUAGGGUCUUGGAAAGAGUUUAGGGUUUCCACAAUGAAAAUUGGAGAGGGCUCCUAUACCUUUAAGGUCCCUCUUCUACACAACCAUUAAAGGUACAGAAGACCUCUCCAGUUCACACUCUGGCAAUCCUGAAAUAAAAUAAUGGGCCUCCCAUGGCACUCAUGUUCCCAUGAAAAGUCUUCUUGCCAGUGCUAGGCCUCUGCUCCUGUGGCAACUAAUCCUGCUUACUGUUAAUAUUGUUUGCUCUUGUGAGUGUCCUGCCCGCCGGCCCCUUUUCACUCUUUGCUGUCCUUCAGAUGUUCCCUUGUGUUAUCAUGUCAUUUAAAA